AUGAACAAGGACCAGCUUCAGAUUGGCACGUGCAGAAACGGUGCAGGCGUCAGCGGGGCGGGCGGGGCCCACGACCACGCGUCGACGAUCAAGCUGCCUCCGCUGACGAACCACCACAUGCAGCAGUUCUCGGAGGUGAACAACGGACAGGGCUUUCCAGGGAGACCGGUGAUAUCGUCGCCCUCGGGGCAGACGCAGCAGUUCGGGUCGGGCACAAUUGCGCCGCAGGCGAUCUCGGGGGGCUCGGUGGCGAGCGCGACGCCACAGGACUCGUUCGAGGGCAGCAACAGCUACAAGCUUCCGAAGUAUGCGCGGACGACCUGGAAGCCCCACGAGGAUAUCUCACUGCUCCGGAUUCUGCUGAACAGCAAGCAGCAGCUGAGCGACCCGCAAUUUAUAUCGAGCCCCCGGCGCAAGUUCUGGCAGUGGAUCAGCGAUCAGCUUUAUCGCGAAUCACACAUUUCACGUAACACACGCCAGUGUCGGGAUCGUUUCAACCUUCUGUACAAGAAGACCAGCAAGCGUUUCGCAACGCAACCGCCGCCGCCGCCGCAGGACGAGCUGGAAAAGCUUUUAAAAAUGCUGCUCGAAUCCUUCGCUUUCAACCCCGAGGGCAACAUCAUUCUCUGCGAACAGCGCGCACCCUCAUCUGCAUCUUCCUCUUCCUCGUCCACGGUCGUUAUGGCACCAUCGUCACAGAACCAGUACUCACAGGACGGUCAGGUGAUGCCGUUUCCGUCGUACCAGCAAUGUUCCGGGAAUAAUUCGCAGUCUUCGGCCGUCCCGGGGCCGGGCAUGAAUGAGCCGCUGGUACAAAUUAUCCACAAUCUCUCAGCGGAGGUCAGUUCCCUACGGCAAGAGGUGACGCAAAUCAAGCAGCUGCUUACCCGAAAAUCGUGUUCUGAUUCAUCACCCAGUAUCCCAAACUGGUGA